GGUCAAAGCACGACACGGUAUGAAUGAAAAGUAAAUUGCUGUAUGAAAAAUCUUUCAUUUUAAUCACGCUUCACUGAAAUAUAAGACAUUUUUCUAGUGUAAAAUGAAUUUGAAAGGACUAAAAAGUUGCUUUUUAGCAUUCGUGUCGACAGGGACUAGAUAGCUUAACUACAGAUUUUUCCUCUGUUGUUUUGAGUGGUCUUAUAGCCGGCCUAAUCUUUUAGAACACAAUUUUUUCUCAACUUACAGCUGCGCUUUCUUUUCUGCCAUGCUAGCACAUUUUGUUAGUCUGUCUUGUGUAUUUUUUUCUCGAGCUCCUGAGACAAACAACCAACCAGUGUGAUUUCAUAAAUAAAUAGCUUGUCGAGAAAGGGUUACAUUUACAGUUAGCAGGAGUCAAAAAUGCUAGGCUGCGCAUUAUAUCCUCAUAAUCUACUUUAUCAAGCAGGAUUUGAAACGGUAACACUUACGUUUAUAGAAAUUAAGCUCAACUGAUGCAUCUAUUUUCCUGUUGGCAUUAAAUUGAAAAAUAAUCUUCGCACAGAGCUCUAUAAUUAAGUUUUAUUUAUUUAUUUGGUGCCUUAGUUAGUUAGUGGUAUAUUUGAUUAUUCAUUAAGUAACAGUUAUAUUUUUUAUCAUCUUUUCACAGAAUGUCUAAAAUGAAAUGGUCAUUGAAACAUGACACCAUAUUUGGUCGCGAACUCCUUAGUUGGGAGCUGUGGAAGUACCGUUCAGGCACCAGAGAGCGGGGGAACUGUUUGGAGGAAAUAUGCAAAAUUCUGAAUAACAUCAAAGAUACACAAUUUUGCGUUUCGCCAAAGGGUUUGAGAGACCGCUUGAAAAUCCUAGAAAGGGAUUGCAGGGCCAGAAAGAGAGAGGCCGAGAGGGGCUCGGGAAUUUCCCAGGAAUAUCGAGAGAUAGAUCAGAUCAUGGAAGACUAUCUAGAGAGAAGAGAUGAGGAAGAGGCUAAACAGACCAAAGAAUCAGCUGAGGAUCGAAACAAGGAGGAUCAAGAUAAAGCGACAGGGGAGGAGAUGAGGGAGAGGGCUAUGGAGCGGCUAGCUCAGACUAAGAAGCGAAAUGGAAAAGAUGAACCGCGAAAAAAACGUCAAAAAAGCAAUGACACACUCAGCUAUCUCAGGGAGGCAGCAGAGAGGGAAUCAAAGUUAAGACAAGAUGAGCUAGAGAUAAAGAGAAAGCAAGAAGAAGCUACCAUGGCUACUCAGCAGGCACUGCUUUCUCAGCUGCGAGAUCAACAACAGUUACAGAUGCAGCAACAGCAACAGCAGCAACAACAGUUUAUGCAGAUGAUGCAGAUGAUGCUUAACAGCCAGCAAGCACAAUCGCAAGCAAUUACUGAACUUUUAAGAAAGGGACAAUAGUUUUGGA